AUGGCUCCGAUUAUACUUUGCUUGAUACUUCUUUCAGUUUGUCCAUUAUUAGCCUUCUCUCAGUGUCCAGUGCAGUGCCAGUGCACAGGAAAUCCUGUAACCACCGUAGCUUGUACUGGAUCACAAAUCACAUCUCUUCCAAUAUCUACACAAAACUACGAUAAAGUUACUAAAUUCAUUUUAGCUAAUACCGCCGUCACUACUCUCCCUGUUAACAGCUUCAACAAGUUUCCAAACUUACUUCAUUUGUAUUUGAGCAAUAACCUAAUUAGUGAUAUUAAAGUUGGUGCGUUUAAUAAUUUGUCUGCCUUAUCGUCAUUGCAACUCUUUAACAACAAAUUAACGUCUAUUCCGUAUAAAGCUCUUGAACAAUGCCUACUUCUUACCAAGUUAAAUUUGAAAUAUAACAGCAUAACCUCAAUUGAUAGUUCAAAGUUGGAUCUACACAAAUUAACCGUAUUAGAAUUAGGUUUUAACAAGAUUGCUUCUGUUGGAAAUAUGGCAUUUGAUAAUAUACCAAAUGUUCUGAUGAUUGAUUUAACACAUAACAACAUUAAGACCAUUACCCAAAGGAUGUUUUCCAAAAUUAAGAAAUUAAAGUCUCUGUCUCUUUCUAAUAACAAAAUAACAUAUAUUCCGAAUGGUUGCUUUAUGGGGUUUAACUCGUUGACCAACCUGUAG